UCUUGAGCGAUACCUAAAGAUCUUCUUCUUUUUCUUUCAUCUCUGCAAGGUUUCGUUUUUUUUUUUUCCGAUGAAUUGAUUCGGAGUUCUGAUAUCUUAUUCAUCUCUGCAAGAUCCCUUUUCUUUUUUCAACUUAGGGUUUCCUUGAGAUUCAGAAUUCCAAAAAAAAAGAACCCUCUUUUACGAGGGAUCUUUUUUCCAAAGACUUAUGUUUUUUUUUCCUUUUGUCUUUGGUUUUAGUUUAAUGUUUGAUGCCCUAAGGGAAGGGACUACGACUACACAUUACAUGAUUGUGUCUGUCCGGUUUCUAACUUGGGGGAUAUUUGUCCGAUAUUAGGAAAAAGGAUUGGAGAUAAGAUAAUCAAUCUCUAUUGUCUUGCUGUGCUGACGACUGUGAAAAUUCGAUUUCUCUGCUAUGAUCAGUCUUUGUUAAAGGCUAGGACUAUGAUGUCCUGAGAAAAAAUCAAUUCUCUGCUUUAAACUAUACAAAAUUCAAUGUUCUGCGAAUUUGAUGGAGAAUAAAAGUCCUUUGUUAAAGCUCAAUUGUCCGAUUAAAAGAUAUCUUGCUGGAGCUGGGCCAGCAAGUUAAAAAAUUCAAUAUUCUGCUAUAGAGAAUACUUCAAUCUCUGCUAAGAUCAGCCUUUUAAGGCUUGUUCAAUGAUCUAUGUCCGAUUAAAAGAUGUGUUGUUGUAGCUGGGGCAGCAAGUUAUAUAUAAUUCAAUGUUCUGCUAUAGAGAAUACUUUAAUCUCUGCUAAGAUCAGCCUCUUUAAAGGCGUGUACAAUGAUGUCUGGCCAGUUAAAAGAUAUAUUGAUGGAGCUUGGCCAGCAUAGAUCAGCCUUUAAGGCUUGUAGUGUCUGUCCGAUUAAAAGAUGCAUUUUUGUAGCUGGGGCAGCAAGUUAAAAAUUCAAUAAUCUGCUAUAGAGAAGUAACUCUGCUAAAACAUAGACUUGGACUAUGAUGUCCUGAGAAAAUUCAAUUGUCUUCUUUAAUGGUUUUGUAAUGAGGGAAAGUUCAAUUGUCCGAUUAAAAGAUACUUUGUUGGAGCUGGGACAGCAAGUUAACAUUCAAUAUUCUGCUGUAUAGAGAGAACUUCAAUCUCUGCUAUGAAUCAGCUUUUGUUGGAGCUGGGACAAAAAUUUAACAUUUCAAUAUUCUGCUAUAAAGGAAUACUUCAAUCUCUGCUACGAUCAGUAAGGCUUGUACAAUGAUGUUUGUUCGAUUAACAAGAUGUCUUGUUGUAGCUGGGGCAGCAAGUUAAAAUUCAAUACUCUGCAAUAGAGAAUACUUCAAUCUCUGCUAUGAUCAGCCUUUCAGGCUUGUAAAAUGAUGUCUGUCCGAUUGAAAGAUAUGUUGUUGUAGCUGGGACAACAAGUUAAAAUUCAAUACUCUAACUAAGAUCAGCCUUUAAGGCUUUUACAAUGAUGUCUGUCUGCUUAAAAGAUGUUGUAGCUGCGGCAACAAGUUAAGAUUCAAUGUUCUGCUAUAGAGAAUACUUCAAUCUCUGCUAAGAUGAACCUUUACUAAGGCUUGAACAAUGAUGUCUCUAGAAAAUUCAGUUAUCUGCUUAUAUACAUCUCUCUGAGAUAUGACAUUCAAUAUUCUGCAAAUUUUUGGAGGAUAAAAUUUCUUUGUUAAGGCUUGUGUUAUGGCUUUGUAAGAUUGGAAAGCUCAAUUGUGGGUUUAAAAUAUAUAAUUUUGCUGGAGCUGGGACAGUAUGAUAGCAUUCAAUAUUCUGCUAUAGAGAAUACUUCAAUCUCUGCUAAGGUCAGCCUUUAUCAAGGUUUGUACAACAAUUUCAUGAGAUAUUCAGUUAUCUGCUUAAACUAUACAACUCAAUGUUCUGCUAAUUGAUGGAGAAAUAAAAGUACUUUAACAAGUUUAAUGGCUUUGAAAGGUUGCAAAGCUUAAUAGCCCGAUUAAGAGAUAUUUUGUUGGAGCUGAGACAACAUGUUAACAUUCAUAUAUUCUGCUCUAGAGAAUACUUCAAUCUCUGCUAUGAUCAACCUUUAUAAAGGCUUGGACAAUAAUGUCCUGAGAAAUUCAAUUAUCUGCUUAAAACUAUACACCUCGCUGUGAAAUUCAAUAUUCUGCAAAUUGAUGGAGGAAAAAAAGACAUGUUCUUGUGUAAUGGCUUUCUUAGAUUGGAAAGGUGAAUUGUCCAUUUAAAUAUGUUUUUGCUGGAGCUGGGACAGCAUGAUAACAAUCAUUAUUCUGCUAUAUAUAACUUCAAUCUCUGCUAAAACUUUCUUGUACAACGAUGAGAUAUUCAAUUAUCUGGAAACUGAUGGAGAAUGUUCUUUAAUAGGAGGACUUGUGUUAAACGGUGUUCUAAGGUUGGGAUCUCAACUAUACGUUUAAUGAUGGUUUGCUGGGGUUGGGACAGCAUGUUAUAACAUUCAGUGUUCUGCUUAUAUGGAGAAAAGUUAUGUCUGUCUCUCUUCUAGAGAUUGAAAACACAUUAUCUAGCUAAAGAAAAACUCUUGCUGGAGAUUGGAAUCUGGAUUGAAAACACAAUACCUUUUUAGAGAUUAGAAUCUCGAUAGUAAGAUAUUUUGCUGGAGCUGAGACAGCAGUUUAACUUUCAGUAUUCUGCUAUAGAGAAAACUUCAGUUUCUGCAUAAACAUAUCAGCCUUUAUUAAGGCCUGGACAACGAUGUCAUGAGAAAAUUAAUUAUCUGCUCAAAACUAGAUAUGAUUUGGAGAAAUGUUCUUUAAUAAAACUCGUCUUUAACGGUGUUCACAGAUUGAAAUCUCGAUUGUCCGUUUAUAGAUAGUCUACUGGGACAACAUGGUAACAUUCAAUGUUCUGCUCAUAUAUAGGAGGAUUGUCUUGUCUCUUCUAGAGAUCAGAAAUUCAAACAUCUGUUGAAACUCUAUCUUAAUCUGCAUAUUGAUGGAGACUAAAUGUCAUCUAAUAAAACUUGCCUAAUAAUAUAAGAGUGUCUGCUUAAGGUCUAAAGACAACAUGAUAACAUUCAAUGUUCUGCUUAUUAUACACAAGGAAAAAAAUGUUCUUAUAGGAAAAGGCUUGUCUGAAGAUUUUAUAAAGACCGGGAGUGUCAAUUGUCUGUUAAAAAAAACACUGUUCUGUUAUGAAUGUAAGCGCCGUUGCACCAGCACCAUCUACUACGAAGGCUACAUGUAACUGUAAGGGUGUACUCGUACACUUGUUUUUUGCUCUUUACACUGUCAAAGCCCCAAUAAUGCUGACGAGGUGCUAUUACUGAAAGAGAACGGAGACUAGUAUUUGUAAUCGCAGAGUCUUUGUCAAUUUAAUUAUCUAAUUUGAUUCCUCCUUUGGGCAUUACAAUGCAAAAACCAGUUCGUCAAAUGCUUAACUUUAUGAAACUAUAUCAUCGACCCUUCUCGUCGUCUCCCAACUCUGCUCUCCAGACCUUCCUUCCAAUCUCUCAACUAUGCUCUAACGGACGCCUUCGAGAAGCUUUACUGGAGAUGGUGAUGUUAGGCCCCGAGAUGGGAUUCCAUGAUUACGAUGCGUUGUUGAAUGCGUGUUUGGACAAAAGGGCUCUUAGAGAAGGUCAGAGAGUCCAUGCCCACAUGAUCAAAACCCGUUAUUCCCCCGCUACGUACCUCCGGACUCGUCUUCUCAUCUUCUACGGUAAAUGUGAUUGUUUGGAGGAUGCCCAGAAAGUGCUCGACGAAAUGCCUGAGAAGAACGUUGUUUCCUGGACUGCUAUGAUCUCGCGUUAUUCUCAAACUGGGCAUUCUUCUGAGGCUCUCUCUGUUUUUGCUGAGAUGAUGAGAUCAGAUGGCAAACCAAAUGAGUUCACUUUCGCUACUGUGCUCACCUCUUGUAUACGUGCUUCUGGGUUAGCUCUUGGUAAGCAAAUCCAUGGACUCAUAGUUAAGUGGAGUUACGAUUCUCACAUUUUUGUUGGGAGCUCUCUACUUGACAUGUAUGCCAAAGCUGGUCAAAUCGUAGAAGCUCGUGAGAUUUUCGAGUGUUUGCCUGAGAGAGAUGUUGUCUCAUGUACUGCUAUUAUUGUUGGAUAUGCACAAUUAGGUCUUGAUGAAGAGGCGUUAGAGACGUUCCAGAGACUGCUGAGUGAAGGGAUGAGUCCGAAUUAUGUUACCUACGCGAGUCUUUUAACUGCAUUAUCUGGACUUGCUUUGAUAGAUCAUGGCAAGCAAGCUCAUUGCCAUGUCUUGAGACGUGAACUUCCAUUCUACGCGGUCCUUGAGAAUUCGCUUAUUGAUAUGUACUCAAAAUGUGGGAAUCUCUCUUACGCUCGAAGGCUUUUUGAUAACAUGCCUGAGAGGACAGCGAUUUCAUGGAACGCGAUGCUUGUGGGAUAUAGUAAACAUGGUUUAGGAAGAGAAGUUCUUGAGCUUUUCAGAUUGAUGAGAGAUGAGAAGAGAGUGAAGCCUGAUGCAGUUACCCUUUUGGCUGUUUUGUCUGGUUGCAGCCAUGGGAAAAUGGAAGAGACAGGGCUUAGCAUAUUUGAAGGCAUGAUAGCAGGAGAUUAUGGGAUUAAGCCUGACACUGAGCAUUAUGGUUGCAUUGUUGAUAUGCUUGGCCGUUCUGGUAGGAUUGAUGAGGCAUUUGAGUUCAUCAAAAGAAUGCCAUCUGAACCAACUGCUGGUGUCUUGGGUUCUCUUUUAGGAGCUUGUAGGGCUCACUUAUCUGUAGAUAUUGGCGAAUCUGUAGGUCGUAAGCUCAUUGAGAUUGAACCAGAGAAUGCGGGUAACUAUGUCAUUCUCUCGAACUUGUAUGCUUCUGCAGGUAGAUGGGAAGAUGUAAACAAUUUAAGAGCUUUGAUGACGCAGAAAGCUGUUACGAAAGAACCAGGAAGAAGCUGGAUUCAACUAGAGCAAACCUUGCAUUACUUCCACGCAAAUGAUCGUUCUCAUCCAAGAAGACAAGAAGUAUUAGCUAAAAUGAAAGAAAUAUCGAUAAAAAUGAAGCAAGCUGGUUAUGUUCCUGAUCUUAGCUGUGUGUUAUAUGAUGUGGAUGAAGAGCAGAAGGAGAAGAUGUUACUUGGUCACAGUGAGAAAUUAGCCUUGACUUUUGGGUUGAUUGCUACUGGUGAAGGGAUUCCAAUUCGAGUUUUCAAGAAUCUUCGUAUAUGCGUUGAUUGUCACAACUUUGCUAAGAUCUUCUCAAAGGUUUUUGAACGAGAAGUGACCUUAAGGGAUAAAAACCGGUUCCAUCAAAUUGUCCGAGGAAUAUGUUCAUGUGGAGAUUACUGGUGAUUGGUGAACA